AUGGCACAUGUUACGGGUCUAUUGGGGGGUUAUAAAUUAUCGGUAGCACGAAAAUGGGAUGUUACUAACAAACUAACUGGUCGUGAAAUUCCCGCCACAGGUGGUGGUUAUUUUUACAAUGGUAAAGAUUACGGUACGUUUCGUGGAAAGACAGUUCGACAUUAUUAUACCCUAAAACGAUAUUUAUUAUUUGAACGAUUUGAACAAGUGUCUAAUAACCGUAUAAUAAUACCUGUAUCAAAUUCAACGGUUAAAGCACCGCUUCCAAAUUGUUUAUUGACCGUACGAAAUGUUGCUGAUUUAGACGAGAAUGUGAAAUUUAUUUUUGAACCAACACCGGGGUAUGAAAUGGAUAGUUUUGCAUUGGCUGCAGAUGUACUAAACCGGUCAAAAUUAUCCAUUGUUUUGAAUAUAUACGAUGAAAUAUAAUCAAAUAAUCAUUCACAAUGCAACAAGCAGACUACGUAAAGCUGUUAAAAGGCGGUGGUACAUGUUAUAAAGGGACACGUUUGUAUGUGUUACCGGGUAAAGCAUCAACCGUUGAAGAACGUGCUGCCGGUAAAAUUUGCCCACCACCCCAGUUAAAUCCUGGUUACGCCCCAAAUCCUAAAAUACAAAGGGUUGGUAAAAUACAACCGAGAGCUGCUAAACAGCAAAAAUUGCAAACCGGUGCUGCAUCCGCAACAGUAGCUCCGGAAAUUUUAAAAUUAAUCUAUGGGUAGUAAACGAAGAAUAGCGAAUAAACGGAAGAAAUCGAGAAAAGUAAAAAAACAAAUAGGUGGUUUUGGUCCAGCUGCGGGAAUAGCGUUGGGGAUGGCAUUACCGAUGUUAUUAAAUACCGGUUCAAGUGUUGUAGGUAGUAUUUUUGGUAAAAAAUCUGCACAAAAACCCGUACAAAGUGUAAAUCAAGGGGGUAAUAGACCACCACCCUCAUGGAUGCAAGGACUCGCACCCCGACGUCGUCGUAGACGACCACAAAGAUACUAUGAUGAUGAUUAUUAUUAA